CCUGCUCCAUCCCACAAUCUCCAAGUUCAAACAGCGAAAGCAGAGAGCGACAGGCAUCAAGGAGAAAGAGACAGAGAAAAUAGAGAAAAGAUAUGGCUGAAAAAGCUUUAAAGGUUGGAAUUGUUGGAUACGGACAUUUAGGACAAUUUCUUGUUGAGAAGAUCCAGAGUGAAGGCGCUGAAGUGGGGCUCCAGUUAGUAUUCGUGUGGAACCGAAAUCCAGACAAACUGAAAGAUUCAUUGCACAAAGAUCUCAUUCUUCAUGACCUAUCAGAUUUCACAAAGAGGGACACUGAUGUAAUCGUGGAGGUUUGUCAUCCACUGAUAGUUAAAGAAUUCGGGGUCAGAUUUCUCUCUCACGCUCACUUCCUGGUGGGCAGCCCUUCUGCGCUGUCUGAUGGUCAACUCGAGCAAGAUCUCCGCACUGCUGCAAAACAACAAGGAAAAACACUCUAUGUGCCCAGCGGUGCAUUAUGGGGCGGCCAAGAUAUUCAAAAAAUGAAUGACAGUGGAACAUUACGGGCUCUCUCCAUCCGAAUGUCUAAACACCCCUCUUGUUUCCGGCUGACUGGCGGUCUGCUCUCCGAUUGGACGGAGGGAGAGGGAAGGCGGAUCUUGUAUUGUGGCUCAGUUGCAGAGCUCUGCCCAAUCGCCCCAAACAAUGUGAACACAAUGGCAGCAGCAGCCAUAGCAGCAUCAAAACUGGGAUUCCACGGGGUUACCGGAGAAAUUGUUUCAGACACUGCUUUGGCAGACUAUCACAUUGUGGAAGUAGACGUUACCGGUCCAGAUGGAUUCUCAGUGAAAACCACGCGACAAAACCCAGCCAAACUAGGAGCUGUAACAGGAAAUGCCACAUACAAUUCAUUCUGGAGCAGCUUACUGGUCUGCAAGGGUCACGGAGGGAGAGUGUAUCUGUGCUGAUAACAUUGGAUAAAGUGCACAAGUUAAUGGAGGAAAACAUUAGUGUACAAAUGAAUUAAUAAAACAAGUGUCAAGUGUAUAAUGUUGUACACUUUAAUCUCAGAUGUACAGCUGUGAUAGACAUGACAAACUCAAACAGUGCUGGUGUGGAUUUGUAUUACAGUACUGAUGAUGUUCCAGUGUAUUGGUUUGGCUGGCUAGCAUUAGCUACAUCGAUUGCUUGUCCGUUCUCUUAUAAUAACCCUCUAAGGAUUGCUGGAUAGUCACUUUCUUUAGGGCAGACAACAUAUAAUACUGAAAAAUAAAGCGGUGAGUAAAUGGGAGAA